AUGGCUUCCCAGUUUCAUCAGCUUCGGAUCUUGGUCUGGAAAAAUUGGCUAGGUGUCAAAAGACAGCCGCUUUGGACACUUGUCUUGAUUUUAUGGCCAGUCAUUAUCUUCAUAAUUUUGGCUAUUACCCGGACCAAAUUUCCUCCAACAGCAAAACCAACUUGUUACCUCGCACCUCGAAAUCUUCCUAGUACCGGCUUCUUCCCGUUCCUGCAAACCCUACUCUGUGACACAGACUCUAAGUGCAAAAACACACCCUAUGGACCACAAGAUCUGCUUCGUAGGAAAGGAAUCGAUGUCACACUAUUUAAAGACAGUGAACUUCUGAGAAAGUCAUCCAACCUGAAGGACAGCAAUUUAUCACUCCAGAGAACUAAAGUUCUAGAAAGCAGGCACGCUUCAGCAGUUACAGUGUCUCCCAUUCCAAGUCCUGAUUUGGAAAAUACUGGAACAGAUACUUUUAAUGGCAGUCAGGUCCUUACACGGCUCCUUGGUUUGGAAAAGCUAUUAAAACAAAAUUCAACUUCAGAAGAUAUACGAAGAGAACUCUGUGAGAGCUUUCCAACAUAUAUUGCUGAUUAUGCGUUCUCUUGGAACACUCUAGGAAAAAACGUUUUUAACAAGUUUUGCCUCUCCAACAUGUCCCUUUUAGAGUCUUCUCUCCAAGAACUAAGAAACCAGAUCUCUCAGAUGUCAAGUGAUCCCAACAAUCAGAAGAUAGUGUUUCAAGAAAUGGUCGAAGCACUGUCAUUCUUCUCACAAUUACAGAAGCAGAGUGCUGUGUGGCAGCUUCUGUCUAGUUUUCCAAGUGUGUUUCAGAAUUCCACAACACUAAGCAAUGUUUUUCAACUCAUUAGUGCUCUGCUGGCUGCGCAGAAGGUGUAUCCACGUGUCACAGCUAACAAAGGAUUCAGAACCCUCCAAAAGUCUGUUACGCAUCUGCUGAAGACUCUAGACUCUGCAGCUGAAGGUGGCUCUCAUAACACAACACAUCUGUGGAGUGAGGCUAAUGGACAAACGCUAUCCCCAAGCAGCCUGGCCGCACAGCUCCUAAUACUGGAAAACUUUGAAGAUGCUCUCUUAAAUAUAUCAGCAGAUAGUCCUUACCUUCCUUACCUGGCAUGUGUGAGGAAUAUCACUGACAAUUUGGCCAGGGGAUCACAAGAAAAUCUAAGACUCCUGCAGUCCACAGUUCGAUUUAAAAAAUCUUUUCUUCAAAAUGGUUCCUAUGAGGAUUACUUGCCUCCAGUUCCUGAAGUCGUGAAAUCAAAACUGUCACAACUUCGAAACUUGACCGAACUUCUUUGUGAAUCUGAAACUUUCAGUUCAAUAGAAAAAAUGUGCCAGCUUUCUAAUAUGAGCUUUGGGAACCUGUGUGAAGAUAGUGCAUUUCAUGUACAAUUCCUGGAGGCAGCAGAGGUUGGUCUGGAAAUAGCAUCCAGCUUACUAUACCAUGAAAAUGUCAUAUCUGAAAAACUAAGAGAUUUGCUUACUGGAGAUCCAAGCAAAAUUAAUCUAAAUAUGGAUCAGUUUCUAGAACAGGCAUUGCAAACGAAUUACUUGGAAAAUAUCACACGGUUAAUGCCGACAGUAGAAGCCAUGCUGCAUGUCAAUAGCAGUGCAGAUACUUCUGAAAAACCAGGUCAAUUAAUAGAAAUGUUUAAAAAUGUUGAGGAGCUGAAAGAAGAACUGAGAAGAACAGCAGGAAUGUCCAACACAAGUGUCAACAAAAUGUUGGCCAUUCCUAUCCCAGAUAACAGGGCUGAGAUUAUUUCACGUGUGUUCUGGUUGCAUUCUUGUGAUGCUAACAUUUCCAAUCCCAAACUGGAAGAUGCGAUGAAGGAAUUCUGCAACCUGCCUCUUCCAGAGAGGUCCCGCCAGUCUUACCUCAUUGGACUCACCCUUCUGCACUACUUAGAUAUUUACAACUUUACGUACAAGGUACUUUUCCCUCGGCAGGAUCAAAAGCCAGUAGAAAAGAUGAUCGAACUCUUCAUCAGACUGAAGGAGAUUCUCAAUCGUAUGGCUUCCAGCUCAAGUUUGAUGCUAGACAAAAUGAGAUCUCUGAGACAAAUGCAUCUGCCCAGGAGUGUUCCAUUCACUCAGGAAAUAUACCGAGGCAACCAAAUGAACACCCCCCACGGAUCAUUUAGUACCAUCUCCCAAGCAUUGUGCUCCCAAGGAAUUACCACGGAGUACUUAAUUGCCAUGCUGCCCUCUUCCCAGAAGCCAAAAGGCAACCACACUAAGGAUUUUUUGACUUACAAAUUAACUAAAGAGCAAAUUGCUUCAAAAUAUGGAAUUCCCUUAAAUGCCACCCCGUUUUGCUUCUCCCUUUAUAAAGACAUCAUUAACAUGCCAGCUGGACCUGUGAUUUGGGCUUUCUUGAAACCUAUGCUGUUGGGAAAGAUUUUGUAUGCACCGUAUACUCCAGUCACAAAAGCAAUAAUGGAAAAGUCUAAUGUAACUCUGAGGCAGCUGGCAGAAUUACGGGAGAAAUCUCAAGAAUGGAUGGAUAAAUCACCACUUUUCAUGAAUUCCUUCUAUCUGCUAAACCAGACAAUUCCAAUGCUCCAGAACACUCUAAGGAACCCUUUUGUGCAAGUUUUUGUAAAAUUCUCCGUGGGACUUGAUGCUGUUGAACUAUUAAAGCGAAUAGAUGAGCUUGACACCUUAAGGAUGACACUAGAGAACCACAUGGACAUCAUUGACCAUCUUAACACGCUAUCUUCCCUGACAGUGAAUAUUUCUUCCUGUGUAUUGUAUGACCGUAUUCAGGCAGCAAACACCAUAGAAGAAAUGGAGAGCGAGGCUAAAAGCCUCUCCAAAAGCAAUGAACUCUUUGGAAGUGUUAUUUUUAAGCUUCCUUCUAACCGAAGACAGCAGAGAGAUUAUGCCUCUGAAAAUGUCUCUAUUCCUCCUGUUGUAAAGUAUACCAUCCGCAUGAGUCUCAAGACUGCGCAGACUACAAGAAGCAUAAGAACGAAGAUUUGGGCCCCGGGACCACACAAUUCUCCAUCCCACAACCAGAUCUAUGGCAGGGCCUUUAUUUACUUACAGGAUAGUAUUGAAAGAGCCAUUAUUGAAUUGCAGACUGGAAGGAGCUCCCAGGAAAUAGCAGUCCAGGUCCAAGCAAUUCCUUAUCCUUGCUUCAUGAAAGACAACUUCCUAACCAGUGUCUCUUAUUCUUUUCCAAUUGUUCUCAUGGUUGCCUGGGUGGUAUUUAUAGCUGCUUUUGUAAAAAAGCUUGUUUAUGAGAAAGACCUCCGGCUUCAUGAGUACAUGAAGAUGAUGGGUGUGAAUUCCUGCAGCCACUUUUUUGCCUGGCUUAUAGAGAGUAUUGGAUUUUUAUUGGUUACCAUCAUCAUUCUCAUCAUUAUACUGAAGUUUGGCAAUAUUCUUCCCAAAACCAAUGGGUUUAUUUUGUUCCUGUAUUUUUCGGACUACAGCUUCUCAGUUAUUGCCAUGAGCUAUCUUAUCAGUGUCUUCUUCAACAACACUAACAUCGCAGCUCUCAUCGGAAGCCUCAUCUACAUCAUUGCCUUUUUUCCAUUUAUUGUUCUGAUUACAGUUGAGAAUGAGCUAAGCUAUGUAGUGAAAGUAUUCAUGAGCUUGCUGUCUCCAACAGCCUUCAGUUAUGCAAGCCAAUACAUUGCACGGUAUGAGGAACAGGGCAUCGGUCUUCAGUGGGAUAAUAUGUACAGUUCCCCAGUUCAGGAUGAUACCACCUCGUUUGGCUGGUUGUGCUGCCUAAUCCUAGCUGAUUCGUUCAUUUAUUUCCUUAUUGCUUGGUAUGUCAGGAAUGUUUUUCCAGGGACAUAUGGUAUGGCAGUUCCAUGGUAUUUUCCCAUCCUCCCUUCCUAUUGGAAGGAGCAAUUUGGAUGUUCAGAGGUGAAGCAUGAAAAAAGCAAUGGCCUUAUGUUUACUAAUAUCAUGAUGCAGAACACCAACCCAUCUGCUAGUCCUGAAUACAUACUUCCCUCCAACAUUGAGCCUGAACCAAAAGAUCUCACAGUUGGAGUUGCCCUGCAUGGAGUCACAAAGAUCUAUGGCUCAAAAGUUGCUGUUGAUAACCUCAAUCUGAACUUUUAUGAGGGGCAUAUUACAUCCUUGCUGGGGCCCAACGGAGCUGGGAAAACCACCACCAUUUCAAUGUUGACUGGGCUGUUUGGGGCCUCCACAGGUACCAUCUUUGUUUAUGGAAAAGACAUCAAAACAGACCUAAACACAGUACGGAAGAACAUGGGUGUCUGCAUGCAGCACGAUGUCUUGUUCAGUUACCUCACCACGAAGGAGCACCUGCUCUUAUAUGGCUCCAUCAAAGUUCCUCACUGGACUAAGAAGCAGCUGCACGAGGAAGUAAAAAGGACUUUAAAAGAUACUGGACUGUAUAGCCAUCGUCAUAAGAGAGUUGGAACAUUGUCAGGAGGAAUGAAGAGGAAGCUAUCCAUAUCCAUAGCUCUUAUUGGUGGAUCAAGGGUGGUCAUUUUGGAUGAGCCAUCCACUGGAGUUGACCCAUGUUCCCGCCGAAGUAUAUGGGAUGUUAUAUCCAAGAACAAAACUGCCAGAACAAUCAUUCUGUCAACACACCACUUAGAUGAGGCUGAAGUCCUGAGUGACCGCAUCGCCUUCCUAGAGCAUGGUGGACUUCGGUGCUGUGGGUCACCAUUCUACCUCAAGGAGACUUUUGGGGAUGGAUAUCACCUCACACUUACCAAGAAGAAGAGUCCAAAUCUAAAUGCCAAUGCACUAUGUGACACAACGGCUGUGACAGCAAUGAUCCGAUCACACCUCCCUGAAGCCUAUCUCAAGGAGGAUAUUGGUGGGGAACUCGUUUAUGUACUUCCUCCAUUUAGCACUGAAGUCUCAGGAGCCUAUCUGUCACUCCUCAGAGAGCUGGACAGUGGUAUGAGUGACCUCAACAUUGGGUGCUAUGGCAUUUCAGACACCACCGUGGAAGAGGUCUUUCUGAACUUGACUAAAGAGACACAGAAAAAUAGUGCUCUGAGUCUUGAGCACUUAACACAAAAGAAAAUAGGAAAUUCCAGCACCAAUGGCAUCUCAACUCCUGACGAUUUAUCUCUGAGCAGCAGCAAUUUCACAGACAGAGAUGACAAAAUCCUGAUGAGAGGAGAGAGACUGGAUGGGUUUGGACUGUUACUGAAGAAGAUAAUGGCUAUUCUCAUCAAGAGGUUCCACCACACUCGCAGGAAUUGGAAAGGUUUCAUUGCCCAAGUCAUCCUCCCCAUCAUCUUUGUAACCACCGCCAUGGGCCUUGGCACACUGAGAGAUUCCAGCAACAGUUACCCAGAGCUCCAGAUCUCCCCAUCCCUUUAUGGUACCACUGAACAGACGUCCUUCUAUGUGAAUUUCAACAAAACUACAAAGCCACUGGUCUCAGCGAUGUGGGCCUUCCCUGGCAUUGACAACAUAUGUCUGAACACCACUGAUCCAAGAUGUUUAAAGGACGGUACUCUUGGAAAAUGGAACACUAGUGGAGAACCUAGCACUGAUUUUAGUGUCUGCACCUGCUCAAAAAAUGUCCAGAAAUGUCCAGAAUCUAACUAUUUCCCACCUCAUAGAAGAACUUAUUCAUCCCAAGUAAUUUAUGACCUCAGUAGGCACCACAUGGAAAAUUAUCUUAUAUCAACUGCCAAUGAGUUUACACAGAAAAGAUAUGGAGGUUGGAGUUUUGGACUGCCAUUGACUAAUGACCUUCGCUUUGAUAUAACAGAAGUCCCUGUCAAUAGAACACUUGCUAAGGUAUGGUAUGAUCCCGAAGGCUACCACUCCCUACCAGCUUAUCUCAACAGCCUGAACAAUUUCCUUCUGAGAGUUAACAUGUCAAGACAUGAUGCUGCUAGACACGGCAUCAUCAUGUAUAGUCAUCCUUAUCCAGGAGUGCAAGACCAAGAACAAGCAACAAUCAGCAGUUUAAUCGAUAUUUUAGUAGCACUCUCCAUCCUGAUGGGCUACUCUGUCACCACCGCCAGCUUUGUCACCUACGUCGUAAGGGAACAUCAAACCAGAGCCAAGCAGUUGCAGCAUAUUUCAGGGAUUGGUGUGACAUGCUACUGGGUAACAAACUUCAUUUAUGACAUGGUCUUCUACUUGGUGCCUGUAGCAUUUUCAAUUGGUGUCAUUGCAAUUUUCCAGUUACCUGCCUUCUACAGUGAAAAUAAUCUAGGCGCUGUCUCUCUCCUUCUUCUGCUGUUUGGGUAUGCAACAUUUUCUUGGAUGUACCUGCUGGCUGGGCUCUUCCAUGAAACUGGAAUUGCCUUCAUCACUUACGUCUGUAUCAACUUGUUUUUUGGCAUCAAUUCCAUUGUUUCCCUGUCAGUGGUAUACUUUCUUUCCAAGGAAAAGCCUAAUGAUCCGACUUUAGAACUUAUCUCCGAGACCCUCAAGCGCAUUUUCCUGAUUUUCCCACAAUUCUGUUUUGGCUACGGUUUGAUUGAACUUUCUCAACAACAAUCAGUCCUCGACUUCUUAAAAGCAUAUGGAGUGGAAUAUCCAAGUGAAACCUUUGAGAUGGACAAACUGGGUGCAAUGUUUGUGGCUUUAGUUUCUCAGGGCACCAUGUUCUUUUUCUUGAGACUCUUAAUCAAUGAAUGGCUAAUAAAGAAAUUCAGGCUCUUCUUCAGAAAAUUUAGUUCUUCACCUAUAGUGGAGACAAUAGAUGAAGAUGAAGAUGUCCGGGCAGAAAGGUUAAGAGUUGAGAAUGGUGCUGCUGAGUUUGACUUGGUCCAACUACAUCGUCUCACAAAGACCUACCAACUUAUCCACAAAAAGAUUAUAGCUGUAAACAACAUUAGCAUUGGAAUACCUGCCGGAGAGUGCUUUGGCCUUCUUGGGGUGAAUGGAGCAGGAAAGACUACUAUCUUCAAGAUGCUGACUGGAGACAUAAUUCCUUCAAGUGGAAACAUACUGAUCAGAAAUAAGACUGGAUCUCUGGGUCAUGUUGACUCUCACAGUUCAUUAGUUGGCUACUGCCCUCAGGAAGAUGCCUUAGAUGAUCUGGUAACUGUGGAAGAACAUUUGUAUUUCUAUGCCAGGGUACAUGGAAUUCCAGAAAAAGAUAUUAAAGAGACUGUUCAUAAACUUCUUAGGAGACUUCACCUGAUGCCUUUCAAAGACAGAGCUACCUCUCUGUGCAGUUACGGCACAAAAAGAAAAGUCUCCACUGCACUGGCUUUGAUAGGGAGACCUUCCAUUCUACUGCUGGAUGAGCCAAGCUCUGGGAUGGAUCCUAAGUCAAAAAGACAUCUCUGGAGGAUCAUUUCAGAAGAAGUACAGAACAAAUGUUCCGUCAUCCUCACCUCUCACAGCAUGGAAGAAUGUGAAGCACUCUGUACCAGGCUGGCCAUUAUGGUGAAUGGAAGGUUCCAGUGCAUUGGGUCUCUGCAGCACAUAAAGAGCAGGUUUGGACGAGGAUUUACUGUCAAGGUUCACUUGAAGAAUAACAAAGUGAGCAUGGAGGCCCUCACAAGAUUCAUGCAGCUGCACUUUCCAAAAACGUACUUAAAAGAUCAGCACCUUAGCAUGCUAGAAUAUCAUGUACCAGUCACAGCAGGAGGAGUAGCAAACAUUUUUGAUCUUCUAGAAACCAACAAGACUGCCUUAAAUAUCACAAAUUUCUUAGUGAGUCAGACCACGCUGGAAGAGGUUUUCAUCAAUUUUGCUAAAGAUCAAAAGUCCUAUGAAACUGGUGAUACGAGUUGCCAAGCUUCCAGCAUAAGUGUUGACUUAUAG